AUGGAAGGUACUCCCUAUGCAAGUGGGGUUGGAAGCAUCAUGUAUGGAAUGGUUUGUAGUAGACCGGACUUAGCUUAUGCGGUUAGCAUUGUAAGUCGGUUUAUGGCAAAUUCGGGUAUUGUGCAUUGGCAAGCUUUGAAGUGGGUGUUGAGGUAUUUGAAUGGGUCUUUGAAGGGCGGUUUGAAGUACACAAGAGCAGCUCAAGAGGAAGACGCUUUGGAGGGGUAUGUUGAUGCGAACUAUGCGGGUAAUGUGGACACAAGAAAAUCUCUAUCGGGUUUUGUGUUUACUCUCUAUGGCACGACUAUUAGUUGGAAGGCAAAUCAACAAUCUGUGGUGGCAUUAUCAACAACUCAAGUGGAGUAUAUUACCCCUGUUGAAGGGGUGAAAGAGGCCAUAUGGUUGAAAGGUAUGAUUGGUGAGUUAGGAAUUACUCAAGAAUGUGUGAAGAUACAUUGUGAUAGUCAAAGUGCCAUUCACUUGGCGAAUCAUCAAGUGUAUCAUGAGAGGACAAAGCACAUUGACAUUCGCUUGCACUUUGUAAGAGACAUGAUUGAAUCAAAAGAGAUCGUGGUGGAAAAAAUGGCAUCGGAAGAGAAUCCAGCAGAUGUGUUUACCAAGUCAUUGCCUAGAUCAAGGUUCAAGCAUUGCUUGGACUUGAUCAAGUUCGUUGAAGAGUAA